GGGAGGUGGCUGGUGUGUUCGGGAAUAUGCAAAAAGCAUAAGAUGUUAUUGGCAUGCUUGUGGAAAGUGGCAUCCUUCAAUUGAUAUUUUCUCCGGUCUAACAGAGAGUCUGAGGGUAGGACCCAUUUAUUGAAGCCUCAAGAGCAGGUAGCAGUUCAGGGUGAGGAGCAGCAGAGGCAGCAGGAUGGAUGCCUGUAUACCGCCUGGGCUGUGUGCCCUCUACAAAGCAUGCAGUAGGCUGUAUGCUGACCAGCUCAAUCCUCUGCAAGUCACAGCUGUGGUCAAGUACUGGCUGGGCGGACCUGACCCACUGGACUACAUCAGCAUGUACCGCAGCGACGGCGGUCCGGACGACAACGUGCCGCCACACUGGCACUACGUCAGCUUCGGCCUGUCGGACCUGCAUGGCGACGGCCGCGUGCACGAGCUGAGCGGGCCGGACACGCCCAGCGGCCUGGGGCUGGAGCUGACUUUCCGCCUGCGCCGCGAGCCCGGCGACCAGACGCCGCCCACCUGGCCCGCCGCCAUGAUGCAGGCGCUCGCCAAAUACGUCCUGCAGUCAGGCAACCUGCUGGUGAGCGGCGACCACGUGUCGUAUCACGUGGCGCUGGACGGCGGGGAGUCGCGGCUGCAGCACAUCCUGCUGGCGGCCGACCCGGAGCUGGGCCAGGUCGACACGCCGUUCGGGCCCGUCUCGUUCGUGCAGAUCGUUGGCAUCACGACCGAAGAGUUGGAGGCCGUCCAGCACUGGAACGGCGCCGGGCUCGUGGACAUCAUGAAACGCUGCCGCGGCGCCGGCGGCCCGCUGCUGGUGACGGACAUGCGGCGCGGCGAGUCCAUCUUCGAGCUGGACCCGGCCGUGCAGGAGGAGGUGGACUGCGGCAUCGACGUCCAGGGCAGCAACUUGUCGGGCGUGUCGGCGUGGGUGACCUGGGCGCGCCGCGACCCGGCGGCGGCGGCCGCCGCCGCGCCGCACCAGGUCAGCGCCGCCCAGCGUCAGCAGAUCCGCGACACGCUACAGCGCGGCCUGAUGCAGGUCAACAGCGGCGGCGGCCGUGCUGCCCAGCCGCUCGAGGCCAUGUACCGGCGCUCCUCCAACGAGAGCAGCUCCAGUAGCGAGGCGCAGGAGGGCCCCGACGUGCCCGCCUCCGACCGACUGGACAAGCUGGACAGCCUGCACCUCACCUUCAACCUCGAGUCGGGUCUGAUGCUGCCGCUGGCGCUACGGGGCCGCCUGAAGCACGGCCGACACUUCACGUUCAAGUCCAUGGCGGGCGACUGCGCUGUCACGCUGGUGGCGCCCUCCGUCCAGGGCUCGGUGUGUACGGAAGCUCAGCCUUACGUGGCGCGCGGCAGAUGGCUCCAAGUGCGCCUGCCGCCGACGCUGGUUGACCGGAUGCUGUGCGACCUGAACGUGUUGUCCGUCCCAGACCAGGUGGUACUGCCGCACACCUUCGUCUGGGACGACCAGAGUCUGGCAGUCACCAUCGUCUCGGACCCGGUGUGACGGGUGCCCGGCCGGGGCUGCCGGC